AUGGGUGCCUCCUCGACUCCUGUAAGCGGAGAUGAUUAUGGUAUGCAUUCUACUACAAUCUCGCAUCAUAAUACAAUAGAAUUAAGAAAUUUGCUAUCGCCAUCAGACUCCAGAAAUGACACACAAGAUUUCUCUGAUGAACCGCCUGGUAAUACAAGUUUAAUUAAAGAGGUUGAUUGGAAUGGCCACAAGGUCAAGACAUUUCCGCUAAAUUAUCAAACCGUUCCAAUAGUCAAGUUGCAAGUGGUAGCAUGCUUGACUAUGUUCAUAGUCUUUGGGAUGAAUGAUCAAGUGUUAGGUGCACUGCUCCCUACGCUAAUGGAUUACUAUCACAUAUCGCAAGUAGAAAUUUCAAAUGUCUUUAUAGUGCAACUAUGUGGUUAUGUAGUAGCCUCAUUACUCAAUGAAAGAUUGAAUAGGAAUUUCGGUAUGAGAGGUGGUAUGGUUCUAGCAGCCGGUUUGUGUCUGGUAUUCUUUACUGUUUUAGCAACUGGCCCCUCCAGUUUCCUUAUCUGCAUGUUAUGCUGUCUCCCUCUUGGUUUAGGAAUCGGCAUUUUAGAUUCUACUGGUAAUGUUCUAAUGGGCAGUCUUUUGGUACAUAAGAAUGAAAUCAUGGGUAUUAUGCAUGGUCUUUAUGGGGCUGCUGCCAUGAUUACUCCACCUUUGGUUUCAUAUUUUGUCAAAUGGGGUCAUUGGCCUCUGUUUUUUCUAAUCCCUCUGUUCUGUUCCAUUGUGGGUAUAUUUAUUAUACUUCCAGCCUUCAGACAUGAAACUGCUAAUAAAUAUGAUUACCUUUGCUCUAUGGAAAACAAGGAGCAUGACGAUGAUACCAUAGGACCCGAUGUUGAAUUGACAACGGGUUCAGCAGAGGCUAGCCCAGGGUUUUUUACACUUUUGAGAAAUCCUGGUAUCUUUUUUUAUGCGCUAUACUUGUUUCUUUAUUUAGGUGCAGAAAUCACCACUGGUUCGUGGUUCUUCACUUAUUUGCUUAAGACUAAAUCAGAUAAUAAGAUGGCUAUGUCAUACAUUGCUGCAUCAUUUUGGACUGGUUUAACUGUGGGUAGGCUAUGCUUAGGGUUUGUUACUGAGAGAUUUUUUGAGAAUGAAUAUAGAGCAAGUAAAGCUUACGGUUGUCUAACUCUCUUUUCAUACACGUUAUUUGUGCUUGUCGGGUUAAUUGAUUCCAACUCCGUGUUCUAUUUUGUUGUCUUAUUUUUAGUUGUUUUCUCCUGUGGUACGUUUAUUGGGCCUUUGUUUCCCAAUGCAAGUAUUGUUGCUUUGCAGGUGCUACCCAAGAGAUUACAUGUAAGUGGUGUUGGUGUUGCGGUUGCUGUAGGUGGUUGUGGUGGUGCAGCUUUCCCAUACUUGACUGGUGUCAUUGCACAUUCAAUUGGUAUACAGUAUUUGCCACUGCUAUGCUGGAUAAUUGUUGCGUUGUUCACACUAGAAUGGUCACUGUAUCCUAAAUUCAUCAAGGGACAUCCAGAAUGUUUUUAG